AUGUCUUUCUUUCGUAUUCGCCGUCGCGGCCAGCGCGAGCUGGCUGUUACCGAUCUGCAAAACAUCUCUCCGUCAUCUUCCAACGUCAACAGCGCCCAUGCUAGCACAAUUUCCUUGGAAUUCCCCCUCACGCGACGGUUGUCUGCACUGUCUUUCAUUAGCUCGAAAUUGACCCCAAAAAAGCGAAAUCUCUCUCGCUUGGGGACCCCGCAGGCGGGGCCAGUCGGCCAUACAGUCGACUUCCCAAGAUCCUAUACCCGAGAAAGCACGCCUUCGCCCACACCCUCUCUGGACGAUAUUCGUAUGCCCGUCGGCCUCGGACGCAGGGCGAGCGAAACAUCUAAAAUGGGAGAGGACGAAGAGCACGAAGGUGUGGAUUCCAUCUUUACGGUUCACGACCACCGAUCUCGGUGCGUUAGCUCACCAAAUCCGACGGUCAACGAGUCAGGAAGAGGCGUUAGGGCCGUCCUCACCGCGCUCAAUGAAAGUCAUCCCCCCUCCGAACAUCCCGCAAUUCAUCGAGUGCCUCCGGAGCUCUGGCGAAUUGUGCUCGCAUCCAGUUCACGCUCGGACUUGUUGGUAUUGGGUCUCGCGUCGAAUGCACUACUCUUCCCCACUCUGAGCGCAAUAUACCACACCCUCGACCUCCGCGACCUUGAUCACGGUCGUGUUGAACAAUGUAUGGCGCUGCUCGCAUCCAAAAGGUCCACAGCAGAAUUAGUGCGCAAAUUUACAUGCAGCUUCCUACCCUCGUCCGCUACCGGUCCCGCGUCAAUGAACAUGGUCACUUUCGCAGUCGCAUUCACCAACAUGACACAACUCCGUUCACUCACUCUGCCCAGAUUCGACGCACAUCUACUGCUCCAUUCGGCAUUCAGCCUCGACAAUCUCGAAAUUAGCUCGCAGGCUAUGUCCGUGGAUGACAUCCAUGGUCUAUCGAUUUGGCUUACAAAACAACCUGACAUCAAGUCAUUCUCUUUGCCGGAUUUGGUGAUGGACCAGCUGAUAGAGGAGACCACCCCCACGUCUGAUUCCCCCGCAUUGAUUGAUACCACCACUCGCCACCAGUCGCUCAUUCCUGAUGAUAUCCUGCCACACCUGACGUGUUUUGAUGGACCUGCAUCUUUGGCCUCGUUGAUAGUCCCAAGGCGACCAGUUGAGUCUGUAGUGCUGCACAUUCACACCACGCUCUACGAUGGCUUAAAGCCAUCGGGUAUCAUGCAGCCAUUAACACGCUCAACCGCCGGCCUCAAGUCUCUAACAAUUGUCCCUGCCUCAACUCAGGUCGACGCGCGCACGCUUGAGAGAGUACUCAUGUCCGCGGGGGCAGUCCUAGGCAAUCAGCUGGAGAGUCUCGAAGUGCACUGGCUGCUCGAGGAUGAGGUGCUUUACAAACACAUGCUGGGUGUGAUAGCCAGGUUCCAGAUGUUGCUCACAUUACGCAUGCGGUGCGACGCCCGUUCUCCAACUUCCUCACCCCGUACGUCUUCAUUGCUGGGAUCGCAGGAGCGAAGCCAGCAGGAGCGGCUCUCAACGCCACCACUGUUGACGCCGCCCGCCUCUCCUCUCCGUGGAAGUCGCCCCGGCUCAGCAAGCAGUGCACUGGAUCCACCGCGCGCACAAGAGCGUGCGCACUUGAACUCGUGGAGCAAGCACUGCCCGUCGCUCCGGAGGGUAGUCUUCCUGUCUGGUGCGGUGUGGCACUGCGAGCCGGUCUGUUCGCUGAUGGCAGCGAGUGGGCUGAGCCUUUUUGCGCCUACGUUUCAUAUCAUUGGUUUUGUGGGCCAGUGA